UAAGUGGUCGGCAAUCGGAAUAUCUGACACGCCGUCCAAUUGAAUUCGGGCAUUGCAUUUGAAAAAGUGCUUCAAUUGAGGUUCCCAUUAAAGCCUACAGGCCUAUUAUUACACACCUAUCGCACUUCAAUAUUCCGACCCAUCGAUCGAUUGAUUCUUAGUAGGCGCAAGGCCAUGAAGAGGAUACGAUAGGUACAAUGUCCUCUCUAAGAUAUGGCCUUCGCUGUCUUAGAGAUCUCCGGGCGACAGCGACCCGACAACCGAGCAUCUCAGCAUCUCUAAAGGCUUCUUCUCCUUCUUCAUCUUCUUGCUCUUCUACGUGCUCGAGAACACGCCGAACGUUUACGACGACCACGGCUCGACAAGAUGAUGCUUUAGAACGGCUACAAGCGGCGGUAGACCAGAGCCCUGAUGCGGCCGAAAUAGAUGUGAUGCAUGUCCGUCCCGUGCCGCUUUCGCCAUCUUACUUCUCGCGCCAUACGCAAUUCAACGACAGCUUCGUCCUGAUUCAGGACCUGGCUCGGAAAUACGAGAGACUUCCUAUUCUCCCCCCCGGACAAGCGCCGCGGGUGGCUUGGAAGACGAAAGAGCAGUACCGAUUGGCGAUUGGUGAAGCAGUGAAGGCAAGGGAUUACGCAACCUGUAUUGGGCUGGCUAAGAGGUUAAACCAAAUCCACCCUGAUUUAAUGCCAGAGGAGGUCCAGCAAGGUCUCCGGCCCUUCAAGCGAGAUAUCAACUUCUAUCUCAACCGAGCGAAGCCUAUUGUGGUUGAUAGGUUUGGUAGGUCGCAUGGCGUCGGGAGGCGGAAAUCUUCAGUCGCUCGAGUAUGGCUCGUGCAGGGGACAGGGGAAGUCCUUAUUAACGGAAAGACCCUGAACGACGCGUUCGGAAGAGUUCACGACCGGGAAAGUGUGCUUUGGGGAUUGAAGGUAAUGGACAGAAUAGACAAAUACAAUGUCUGGGCCCUUGUAGAGGGCGGCGGAACCACCGGCCAGGCCGAAGCACUCGCGAUGGCAGUUGCCAAGGCUUUGGCUGUUCACGAACCAGCAUUGAAGACGCCCCUUAAGAAAGCUGGUUGCCUCACUCGUGAUCCGAGGAAAGUCGAGAGGAAGAAGCCUGGUCACCUCAAAGCAAGAAAGAUGCCCACCUGGGUCAAGCGAUAAGACAAGUCAGAUAUGUUGUUUCGCAAUACGACUCGUGGGUUACAUUUUUUUUUAUGCGACUCUCGAGCAAGGCGAUUACCUACCGAGGUAUCUAUCGGCCUUACUGGCAGAAGGUUAGGUUACGUACGUUAUGGUCUAUAUUAUCCAUAUAGUAGACUGUAUGUGCAAGGGCUACCUAAAUGUACCAUUAUGUAUCUGCUUCUUAUGUGGAAUGUAUAUGAGAUGCCAACAGCAACAGCUAAAGAUGAGAGAAGGCUACUUCGUAAAUGAGCCUCGCCAACGCGUCCUCCUUGCUUAUAUUAAUUGGCCAAUCAUAGCCCAGGGAAGUUAAUUAGACUAAACACGAGUUAAGAGACCGGGUAUUCGGGUUGUGUUAUAUCAUGUAUGACGGGUGGCUGUAAGAUCGGCGUUAUGUUGUGUUUAGACUCCGCGUGAUACAACGGCGGCGGUCAACGAGUCUUCAAACCCAAGUAAACAAAGGUAGCCCUGAAAUUGGCACUGCAUAGGUCGUGAAUUUGUUCCAGAAGCUAAUAAGAAACCCCCGAGUAAAAGACGCGUAGCGCUAUCAUUAUUUUUAGCAGCCGGUCACUCAAAUAGAUAUCAAGCACGGACGGCAUUUUAAGCAACCCUGGC